CAUGAAGGUGAUGAUAUUUACAAAUAUUUGUUUGGCUGUGCUCUGGUGCAUGCCUAUUAGUACAUUUGCAUUUUAUGUUGUGUACAAUGUGAGCAGUGAGAAUCAGCCUCUAACACAAAUAAGUAUGGAUACACAAAGUAGACAUUUGUAUGUUGGAGGAAAGAAUAAAAUUAUACAUUUAGAUAAAGACUUAAAUAUGGUACAGGAUCAUAUUAUUGGGCCAGUGCAGGACAAUAGUAACUGUCCUCCUUCACCUCUAGCCUGUAGUGAAAGACGAACCGUGACACCCAACCAUGUCCGUGUCUUGGAAAUUAACGACCAGAAAGAUUUCAUACUUAUGUGUGGUUCAGCUAACCAGGGACUGUGCUCCUGUCUAUUUCUUAAUGACAUUUCAUCCAAUCAUACACUGGAUUCCAAGGAAAGUGUAAAUUAUAUCGGAACUACAUCUGCUUCCACUGUUUCAGUGGUGUUCGGUUCUCCAUACCAACGGUCUGGUAGCACAGAUAAAGUCCUUUAUGUUGCCAUGGGAAUGGACUACAGAGAUUUUCGAUUCCGUCCAAAAAUGAUUUCAACACGAGAAUUUAACUAUAUUGAUUCAUAUUGGAGUUUGUUGUAUUACGUACGAAGGGACACACACGGGACGUACCUAACGGCAGAUGAUUCUGUCCAAGAUUUGUUCCAGUCUUACUAUAUCUACUCAUUUGAGUAUGGAGAUUAUAUAUAUCAUAUUUCUGUACAAAUGACGGAUCCUUUUGGAAAUAAAACAGAAAACAACGUUUUUGUAACAAAAAUAAUACAGAUAUGUAAAAAUGACUUAGCAUAUGCGUCGUACACAGAAUUGCCUCUCCAGUGUGAACAUGACGGAAAGAUAUACGACAUUGCAACAGAUGCUUUCCUUGCAGACGCGCCAAAACUUCUGUCUUUAUGGGAGAAAAAGCUGUUUGUUACAUUUGGUGCAAACAGGCAACUUAAUCCAAAUCCAGAAGAAAAUGAGGGGUCAGUCAUGUGCUUUUUCGAUUUUGAUGAAAUAUUCGGGAAUCUCUCUGUUCUUCAAAAGGAUUGCUUUCUGGGAAAUGCAAUACAGCCAGCCUGGGUGUAUGGCAGAAGAAUAACCUCCCCAAAGAUGUGUGCGUCAAGUACUUUCCCUAGAAACAAAGAGUUCUGUGGCAGUUCGAGUAACAUUGGUAUUCAGAACCAUCGACCAGAACACCGUGUUCGGAGUAUGGCAACCACUCGUAUGUCAAACAGCGUGUUGACAUCGGUUGCCGUGGUAACGCAAGGCGAAGAUACGGUGGCUGUGAUGGGCACGUUUGAUGGACAUCUAAUCAAAACGAAGGUUGACGAGGAUCACAGGCUAAUGGAGCCAUAUAUGAACUUUGACCUAACCAAAGACAUCAACAUUCCUAUUCAAAGUGACAUGCAGCUUGAUAAAGGAGAGGAUCAUGUGUAUGUCCUAGCCGGUAAACAGGUUGUAAAGUUCCCCCUUUCUACCUGUGACGUGUAUAGUACAUGUGAAACAUGUGUUGUCGCGGACGACCCUCUAGGGUGCGGAUGGUGUUUAAACCGUUGUACAAAGAAAACAGAGUGUGUGGAGCCAAUCCAGCCGCUAGGUAACCUGACCACAUCAAGUUUGGAUACAUGUUAUCCUAUGAUAUAUUCUAUCAGCCCGCAAACUGGUCCUGUUGAAGGGAACACAUCCAUCACCAUUAAAGGACAUAACUUUGGGUCUUUUCGUGCCCAGAUGAUACAGGCUCGUUUGGGCGGAAUGGAUUGUCCUGUUAGACACAGAAACUUUACAAGUAUAGUUUGUAUUGCUCCGCCAGUAAUGGCUGUCAACACAUUACCAGUCUCUGUGAAAAUUAUUGACAACACCAGGACCGGAAUCAAGUACAAGAUUAAUGGGACGUAUUCCCUUAAGGCGUCUCUAUUCAGUUACAAGAAGCCAAUAAUGGCAAAUUUUACACCUCGUUUGGGACCAAUGUCUGGUGGUACGACAGUGGCAAUAGAAGGUCUUGAUCUGAAUAUAGGCAAAGAACGUUUUGUAAAGGUAGCCAGCGUCUUUUGCACACUAAAAAGCUACAACAAGACAAUGAUUAUCUGUGAGACGACAGCCUGGACACAAGGCAGGUCUGGACAGGGGACCAGUGGCACAGUGGAGGUGAAUAUAGAUGGAACCACAUUCCCCAUCUACUCAGACUUCUCCUACAUGAACGAUUCGUCCAUCUCUAAUGUGGCUCCACCACGUUCGAUCGCCAGUGGCGGUAUAAAUCUGAAAGUAACAGGGACAAAUUUACAUAUUGUGGCUGAUCCUCGGAUAGGAGUUACGAUUGUCAAGACCCAAAGGACACCUCCAACACAGAAAUGCAAAGCUGCUACUAAUGGUCGAACAAUGCGCUGUCCAUCGGUUAACAUCACUGGUUACAUUGAUGGACAACUCCCUCUUCGUUCCGAGGAAUAUCACAUUUGGUUCAAAAUGGAUGGCAUUAAGGAACUUGGUCAGAAAAAUGUGGUUGAUCAGGCUUGGGCGAUUUUCCGAUACUAUCCCGAUCCUAACUUCUAUAAGUUCAGCGGUAGUGGACAUUUGCGAUACAUGGACCUUUCUGAGUCAAUAUUGGACAUAAAGGGAGAACACCUCAACCUGGGUAUAACUAUUGAAGAUAUGUCCGUCAAGGUUGGGGAAAAUGGACUUUGUAACAUCACCAAUCUCAAGGAUACCGUUAUGUAUUGUGCUCUUCACAAUAAGCCUGUCAAUGCUUCGUUACAAAAGCAUAAAGUGACGGUAUUCGCAGGAGCAGUAAAGAAAGAUAUAGGUUUUUUGGUCUUCACCAUGACCGAGGAAGCAACACCCACCACGACCAUUGUCCUAGUUGUAGCUCUCAUCGUUGUCAUCAGUUUGAUCAUUGUGCUAGUUGUGACCUUGAAGAAAAAACAUAUUUAUCCGUUUAAAAAGCCAUUGGAUCCUUACAUGGCCCAAUAUCAGUCUGUCCGCAUUUACUCUAACGGUCAAAGAGUAACAGACAUUCAAAACAGAGCGAAUGACUAUACAGAGCAGCACAUGUCGGAAGGUGGUGGAGUUUCAGCUUCUCUUCUUUCCGGAAUUGAUGAUGACACACUGCUGGUUCUUCGAGACAAAAACCUUCUCAUAGAACGAGAGUGGCUUACACUUGGGGAAAUUUUGGGGAGAGGUCAUUUUGGUUGUGUGCACAGGGGAUACCUGACCUUUCCCGACACUAAAGGAGAUAUGUUAGUUGCUGUCAAGACAUUACAUAAUGACAGCCCAAGAGAAAUUGAUGUACAGAGUUUUCUGGAGGAGGCCAUGCGUAUGAAAGACUUCCAUCACGACAACGUGCUUACUCUGACUGGAAUCUGUUUUGGAAUAGACGACAUGCCUUUGGUUGUGCUACCUUACAUGAGUCAUGGCGAUCUAUUGUCUUACAUACGAAACGCACAGAAUCAUCCAACAAUUAAAGACCUGAUAGUUUAUGGUAUAGAUAUUGCCCAGGGUAUGGAUUACUUGUCAGGACUGAAGUUUGUCCACAGAGAUCUGGCCGCCAGGAACUGCAUGUUGGAUGAAAACUUCAAGGCCCUGGUUGCUGACUUUGGCUUGUCCAGGGAUAUCUAUGAACGGGAUUACUACAGUAGUGACAACAAGAAGAGUAAACUGCCUGUCAAAUGGAUGGCUCCAGAAAGUCUUGAGAAGGGAAAUUACAAUUCAAAGUCAGACGUGUGGUCCUAUGGUAUCUGUCUAUGGGAGCUGAUGACAAGGGGAGUUAACCCUUACCCUGAGGUAGAUAACUGGGAUGUAUUGAGAUACAUUAAGGCAGGCCGAAGGAUGCCACAACCUCCUUUCUGUCCUGAUACUUUAUACAAAAUUAUGACGAAGUGUUGGAUGUUUGAUCCGAACUCGCGUCCCACUUUCUCCGAACUGGCUCAUGAGGUACGGGAGAUGGUCACUGUUCUACAGCAGCAGAUGAAACAAGGCCAGCAGCGUAGUGAUAUACAAAGUACCUAUGUCAAUGUAGAAACUGCCACCGACUACCAUUAUGGUGACGCUAACCAGGCGGCCAUCAUGGCGCCUGAUGUCAUCGAGCAUAACAUCGAACUGACUGAAACAAACACAACGAUUGUAUAGUAGGCCAACAGCCAUUCGUGUUGUAUCGUAAUUUCAAAAGACUUUUUCAUUUCAUAAGAAACCGGUAAAUCCAUUUUUAAUGUCAUAUUUUGAAAUUUUUAUAAAGGAUAUAUUAUGAAUCAUGUCUUGAGUUAUAAAUAUCACAAUGUUUUAUUGAUGUAUGUUGUAUCGACCUUGAUUUAUGUAUUUUUGUAAAUCCUUAUUUUUCUGAUUGUGCAACAACUUUGUCCGAUAUACGUGUCUUAUUUAAAACUUAUUCUUUAAAGGCAAAAAAUUGUUGACAUAUUUACAUGCCUUGACUUGCCUAGAAACAAAAGUGUUGUAAAUUUGACAUUGACCUAACUCUAGGUGAAAAACGAAGGUUUACAGGAAAAAACUGUAUGAAUGCGGUAUCAGCUGUUUAAUAUUCAUUAUGUUGAUAAGGGUCAGUAGUUUUUUUUUUAAAUGUUGUGUCAGUAUUCAACAUUCCUUUUCAUCUUUUCAAGGUUAAUCAAAUUUUGAUUGGUAUUUUCAAAAUGUCUUUUGAAACGUUAUGCUGAGUUGAAAGAUCAUAUGUACAAAUUGUA